ACGAUUCCGAUAAUAAUUCCAAUGAACACGAACACACACACGCCCAAUCAUCGUGUGUAAUUCUUCCUCUUUCUCUAGCUCCACACUUGGCACAUUUGCCAGCUGUGCACGUGAAAGCCGCCGCCGCAGCAGCAGCACCGACAACGCAAACCAGGUCACCUGUCACCUACACCCUACACAGAUAUGUCCAAGGCCAAAGGCAAGAAGAAGGAACGCUUCGAUGAGGAGGAGGAACAGCCAGAGAAAGUGAGUGCAAACGAAAAGAAAAAUGCGUCAAAGAAGGGCAAAAAGGGAAAACGUGCUGGAGGUGGCGGCGGCGAUUCCAGCGAUAACGAAUCCCUAACUGCCAGCAAGUUAUCCAAUAUUGACGCAGAUGAUCUGGAAAGCGUGAAGUCCUCGCAAAGUAAACAGCAGCAGCAGCAGAAGAAGGCUGGCAAAAAGGGGAAGAAGGGGAAACGAAACGACGAUUGGAGUGAGGAUGAGCAACCUGGGAAGCCCCUGUCAAAAGCAGACAGCGAUGGCUCCGAUGAAGAAACGGCGCCCGUCGCUAAGCCAGCACCCAAGAAGCAACAGCAACAGACCAAGAAAAGUAAAAAGGGCAACAAGAAGAAGGCGAAUGAUGGUUUCAGCGAUGAUGAUGAUGAUGAUGAUGACGAUGAUAAGGAUAAUAGAAAUGGUGGUAAUGAUAUAGAAGAUGAGGAGGAGGAAGAGGUGGCGGUAGCUAUAGCCAAGCCGGCGUCCAAGAAAUCUAAAAAGAAGCAGCAGCUUAAGAAUAAAUUUGCGAUGAGUGACGAUGAUGAUAAUGAUGACGAUCUGGACGAAAACAAGUAUGCAGAAGAUCUGGAUGAGGAUGAACCAGAACUUGUGACGGCCAAGCCAGCAGGAAAGAAAACCAAGAAAAAGAAGCAAGAGCAAAAGAACAAAUUCGAAAUGAGCGACAAUGAUGACGAAGAGGAGAUUGAAGAUGUGCAGCUACUCGAGACGGAGCCAAAACCUGAACCUAUGAAAGAAGAGAAGCUAACUGAAAAGAUUGCUGCCAUUACGCUGAAAGAAACUGAACCCGAACGAGAGCCAGAGGAGCCAGCGACCACGCCCAAGUCCGAAGAGUCAACGGAAGCAAUUGUUGAAUCCAAAGACAGUAAGGAAAAGAAAAUCACGCAUAAGGAGAAAAAGAAGCAAAAGAAACAACAAGAAUACGAAAGGCAAAUGGAGCUAAUGACAAAAAAGGGCGGCGCCGGACACUCGGAUCUAGACAAUAAUUUCACCAUGUCGCAGGUGCAGAAGAGUGCUGGCCAACAGGCAGCCCUCGAGCAUGCCGUGGAUAUCAAAAUUGAGAAUUUCACGAUAUCGGCCAAAGGCAACGAUCUAUUUGUGAAUGCCAAUUUGCUGAUUGCCCAUGGACGUCGCUAUGGCCUGGUGGGUCCCAACGGUCACGGCAAAACAACGCUGCUCAGGCACAUAGCUACACGCGCGUUCGCAAUACCGCCCAAUAUUGAUGUGCUGCUGUGCGAACAGGAGGUGGUUGCCACUGACAAGACCGCCAUUGAGACAAUCCUGGAAGCAGAUGUGAAGCGUACCAAGAUGUUGAAGAAGAGCGAAGAGCUGGAGAAGCAAUUCGCCGAUGGCGAUAUGAGCGUUCAAGAGGAGCUGAACGAUACAUUUGCCGAGCUAAAAGCCAUUGGUGCCUAUUCGGCCGAGGCAAGAGCGCGUCGUAUUCUGGCCGGUCUGGGCUUCAGCAAGGAGAUGCAGGAUCGCCCCACAAAUAAAUUCUCUGGUGGCUGGAGAAUGCGUGUCUCACUCGCACGCGCCCUCUAUUUGGAGCCAACUUUGUUGAUGUUGGACGAACCGACCAAUCAUUUGGAUUUGAAUGCGGUCAUUUGGCUGGAUAACUAUUUGCAGGGAUGGAAGAAGACAUUGUUGAUUGUAUCCCACGACCAGAGUUUCUUGGAUAAUGUAUGCAACGAGAUAAUACAUCUGGACCAGAAGAAACUGUUCUACUACAAGGGAAACUACUCCAUGUUUAAAAAGAUGUACGUGCAGAAGCGACGCGAGAUGAUCAAAGAGUAUGAGAAGCAAGAGAAGCGACUGCGCGAGCUGAAGGCCCAUGGCCAGUCCAAGAAGGCGGCUGAGAAGAAACAAAAAGAAUCGCUAACACGCAAACAGGAAAAGAACAAGACCAAGACUCAGAAACAGGAAGAGGACGAUGGUCCUCAGGAGCUAUUAGCCCGACCCAAGGAGUAUAUUGUCAAGUUCCGUUUCCCGGAACCAUCGCAGCUCCAGCCGCCCAUUCUGGGCGUGCAUAAUGUGACGUUUGCUUUCCCGGGCCAGAAACCUUUGUUUGUUAAAGCUGAUUUUGGCAUAGAUCUGACCAGUCGCGUUGCUAUUGUGGGUCCCAAUGGCGUGGGCAAAUCCACGUUUCUCAAGCUGCUGCUCGGUGAACUGGAGCCGCAAGAGGGCGAGCAGCGCAAGAAUCAUCGCCUGCACGUGGGACGCUUCGAUCAGCAUUCGGGCGAGCAUUUGACUGCUGAAGAAUCGGCUGCUGAAUAUCUGCAGCGUCUAUUUAAUUUACCUCACGAGAAGGCCCGCAAGGCGCUUGGCUCCUUUGGCCUCGUCAGCCAUGCGCACACCAUCAAAAUGAAGGAUCUAUCUGGCGGUCAGAAGGCGCGCGUUGCUCUAGCCGAACUGUGCCUUAGUGCGCCCGAUGUCCUCAUUCUCGAUGAGCCGACCAAUAAUCUGGACAUUGAAUCGAUCGAUGCCCUGGCCGAGGCCAUCAACGAGUAUGAGGGCGGCGUCAUCAUAGUCUCUCACGACGAACGUCUCAUACGCGAAACAGGCUGUACACUUUAUGUCAUCGAGGACCAGACAAUUAACGAGAUUGAUGGCGAGUUUGACGAUUAUCGCAAGGAGGUGCUCGACUCCCUGGGCGAGGUGGUUAACAAUCCCAGCGUGGUAGCCAAUGCAGCUGUGCUGCAAUAGCCAACGAAUGAAUUUGUCUCGUUCUCUUUAAUUGUUGAAAAUCACUUCACUAGAUAGCCUUUUUUAUAUGUGGGCCACAGAUCCCAAUAAAGCAAGUACAUAAUGUUGAACUAUUUGGAAAAUAA